CCUCCACCUUCUUAUAAACCCCCCAUUCCCUCCACUUUCCCACACUACCUUCGUCCUUCCUUUUUUGUUCUUCUCAACUCAUACAGUUUAGUUGCUAUGUUUCCCUGUUCUUCGCGCGCAUUCUCGUCUCUGGUGCUCCUCUUCUGGAGAUCUGAAGGACGAACUUGAAUAUCUGCUGGGGAAGGACGUCCUAUAUUUUUUUGUAAAACAAAAAAGAUUCGGUUUCUGUUAUUUAUGCACAACGUUGGCAACUGCCGCCAUCUGCGGUUCCUCUCGUCCAAAGCCAUCUUCUUGCAUCAAGCGCCGCCAUGUCAACGCCCCAGAGCGGCGGCCCGAGCCCAGCGACCACGGCGGCAGCGGCGGAGACGAGCAAACACUGGGCGCCGCAUGGCCCGAUGCUGACUGCCUGCCUCGUCAGCAUCAACGUGCUCAUGAUCCUCCUCGUCUUCUUCUACUUCUGGCGGUUCUUCUCCGGGAAGCGGGAGCCGUCAUCCCCCGGCGGCGCCGAUGAGGAGGCGUCAUCGACCGACUCGUCUCCGGCGACCUCGCCGAGAGCGUCGAGGCGCCUGCGUGACCCCGACCAACCGGACAUCCCGUCUUCCCUGCCCGUGUCCGUGUUCGACUCCAGCAGCGAAGCCGCCGGGAAGGCGGCGGCGGACUGCGCGGUGUGCAUCGUGGAGUUCCGGGACGGCGACCUGGCGCGCCUCCUCCCUCGCUGCGGGCACCGAUUCCACGCCGCGUGCGUGGACGCGUGGUUGCAUCUACACUCCACGUGCCCGCUCUGCCGCGCCAGCGUGGUCGCCCCUGUGCCCGCCGCCGCCGAGCCCAAGAACGACUCCAAAGACGACGGCCCGGAGUGCCCGGUGUGAGGCAGAUCUGCGCGCACCGGCGAGGCCCCGAGCUACCAAAGCCAAGCCAGAGGAGCACGUAAACGGCGGAAGGAGACACGCAUAUUCCGGCGUCGGUGUCGCUGUCCCUUAGCUGACUCCUGCAGGUCGGCGAGGUACGGUCGGCUCCGUUCGUCGUCUCCUGCUUUGUUGUGUUCUUGUUAUCCAUAUAUAUCUCCCUCUCUUCAGUUUUGCUGAUCCGUGAGAUACACAUUUGGAUCAGUGGCUUCUUCUAUAUGACGAUGUGUGCGUGUGAUUGGAAUUGUAAGAUUAGAAACAUGUAGGGGUAUAUCAUAUUAGACUUGCAUAUGUGUGUGCAUGACAGAAUUAAUAGUGUAAGAUCGUAGUAUCGUACAUAUGUGAAUUAUAAUGGAAAGCUUUGAUCGA